AACAACUUCUUCCUCAAACACAACCAGCUCCUCCCAGUCAGGAUAUGUCUGUGUCUCCUCCCUUCACAGGUGUGUCAGUGUAAGAACCAGUGAACAACAAGCUGGGAACUGUGGGAGCUUAGUCACUGCAGGAAGUGAACCAGAGGGGGAGGAGCAGAGAUCUGUAUCUGCUCAGAGGAAGUGAAUCUGUUCUUCAGUCUCUGGCAGCAGCUGAAAUGGCGCAGCAAGAAAAUCUACUGAACGGAGAAAGAUUCUGCUGUUCAAUCUGUCUGGAUCUACUGAAGGAUCCGGUGACUACUGUCUGUGGACACAGCUACUGUAAGAGCUGUAUUAACACCCACUGGGACAAUGGGGAGGAGAGAGGAAGCUACAGCUGUCCUCAGUGUAGACAGACCUUCACACCGAGGCCUGUCCUGGAGAAAAGCACCAUGUUAGCUGAUUUAGUGGAGGAGCUGAAGAAGACUGGACUCCAAGCUGCUCCUGCUGAUCACUGCUAUGCUGGACCUGAAGAUGUGGCCUGUGAUGUCUGCACUGGGAGAAAACUGAAAGCUCUCAAGUCCUGUUUGGUUUGUUUGGCCUCUUAUUGUGAAAAACACCUCCAGCGUCAUCUUCAUUCAGCUGCAUUGAAGAAGCACAAGCUGGUGGAGCCCUCGGAGAAGCUCCAGGAGAACAUCUGCUCUCGUCACGACGAGGUGAUGAAGAUGUUCUGCCGCACUGAUCAGCAGUGUAUCUGUUAUCUCUGCUCUGUGGAGGAACAUAAAGACCACUACACAGUGUCAGCUGCAGCAGAAAGGACUGAGAGGCAGAGAGAGCUCGGGCUGAGGAGACUAACCAUCCAGCAGAGAGUCCAGGACACAGAGAAAGACGUGAAGCUGCUUCAACAGGAGGAGAUGGCCGUCAAUGGCUCUGCUGAUAAAGCAGUGGAGGACAGUGAGGAGAUCUUCACUGAGCUGAUUCGUCUGCUGGAGAAAAGAAGCUCUGAUGUGAGGCAGCAGAUCAGAUCCCAGCAGCAAACUGAAGUGAGUCGAGUCAGAGAGCUUCAGGAGAGACUGGAGCAGGAGAUCACUGAGCUGAAGAGGAAAGACCAUGAACUGAAGCAGCUCUCAGACACUGAGGACCACAACCAGUUUCUACACAACUACCCCUCACUGUCACCACUCAGUGGAUCUGAUCACUCAUCCAGCAUCAGGAUCCGUCCUCUGAGGAACUUUGAGGACGUGACAGCAGCUGUGUCCCAGGUCAGAGGUCGACUACAGGACAUUCUGAGUGAGACAGAGACUGAGAUUUUACAGAUUGUGUCUCAAGUGGAUGUUUUGCUAACACAACCAGAGCCAGAGACCAGAGCUGACUUCUUAAAAUAUUCACAGACAGGUUCACUGAUUGGCCUCAGGUCCUGAGUAGAAAGAGUCUGACUGGACGUUGUUACUGGGAGGUGGAGGUGGGGGGAGGAGCAGUUGGUGUAGCAGUCACAUACAAGAACAUCAGCAGAGCAGGAAACUCACUUGAAUGUUUAUUUGGAUACAAUGAUAAAUCUUGGUUAUU